AGCCGGAAAAGUAUCGAGAUCGCCUUCAAUUUCAAUACCUGUGAUAAGAGAACCAUCUCUUGAAGAAGAUUCUUCAACUUUAGUUGAAGAUAAGAUUGAAAGAGAUAAUGAAAGUAUUAAGUCUGCCGAAAAAAAAUUUCUGGAGGUGUCUGGUGUUUCGCGAACAUCUUCGGAGAGAUCCUCUCGCCAGGACUCCGAGGAUACGCUGACGGACGAAGAGGGCGAUGAUAUUGAUGAGACUAUGUUAAGCGGCCGAACAUGCAGUGCUGCUGGAAAUGAGAUCGAUCGGGCGAGCGCGGCCAACGUGAAGCGAACAAAAGAGGAAAUUGAAGCCGACCAAGAAAAGGAAGACGAAUUCGGAUAUACAACAAAUAAAGUCCGCAAGAAGUACACUUCGCUCGGGGACAGCGUCCUGUCCGUGCAGCUAGAACGCGGUCCAUCCGGCCUCGGACUCAGCCUUGCGGGUCACAGAGACCGCACCAUGAUGGCCGUUUUCGUCUGCGGGAUGAAUCCGAGUGGGGCGGCAGCCAGGGGCGGACAGGUCAAAGUGGGCGAUGAAAUACUAGAGGUGAACGGCAUCGUGUUGCACGGACGUUGUCAUUUGAACGCGUCUGCCAUCAUCAAAGGAUUGACAGGGCCAGUGUUCAAAUUGAUUCUCUUACGGCGGAAAUCCGCUUUGCAAGAUGUUGCCGUUAAGCCCAUAACGCAGUUUCCCGUGACGCUCAGCUACGAGGAGGACUAUUCCAGUUUUAAGAAUGUUCGCACAAUCACUAUCAAAAAGGGCUCUCAAAGUCUUGGCAUAAUGAUCAUCGAAGGACGACACCAGGAAGUUGGACAUGGUAUAUUCGUUUCGGACAUUCAGGACGGUUCUCCUGCACAGAGUGCUGGCCUGCAGGUCGGAGACAUGAUAUUAGCCGUCAACAAAGACACACUUCUGGGAUGCGAAUAUGCAACGGCUGCGUCUACUCUGAAGAAAACUGAAGGAGCAGUGGUUUUGACUGUUUGCAACCCAAACGAUCCUGAUAAAAACGCGAAUGCGGCGAAGCCACCGUCUGGUGCGACGCUCAAAGCCCCGGUUGCAGCUGAUGCAGUUAAAAAAGAGUCGCCCAGGGCGGGCGGACCGGCCAGCAGACCUGGACCAUCGCCGGCUAGAAUACGUAAGGAUCCUAUAGUAGACCCUGCCACUUGUCCCAUCGAGCCUUGCAAGGAGACCUACAUCGAAAUACACACAGAAGGAAAAGCUCUGGGGAUUGUAGUGGCCGGCGGGAAAGAUACACAAGUUACCGGUGGUGUGGUCGUUCACGAAAUUUACCCAGACGGUCCAGCAGGCAAAGAUGGAAGACUGAAACCAGGCGAUCAACUUUUAGAAGUCAACAGCGUCAAAAUGGUGCCCGAUUUAUUACACGAAAGGGUCUCGUUGGCCGUAAAGCAGUUAUUACCAAAAAUGAGAAUGGUUGUCUUCAGAUCACAACCACUGGAAACUACCACUAUUGAUGUUCAAUUAGUAAAGAAACCUGGAAAAGGUUUGGGCAUUUGUUUAAAAUCCAGGAAAGGGAGUCCUGGUGUAUAUGUUUCAGAUAUCAUUCCAGGAUCUCCUGCCGACACGGACGGUCGAAUUGCAGUAUUGGAUUCUUUAACUUCAGUUAAUGGAGUCGACUUAUCAGCUGCAAAUGCCGAAGAAUGCGCAGCAACUUUAAAAGUGGGCUGCCCAGCAGGUGGUAAAGUGUCUCUUGUAUUUACCAGGUGGAAACCCACAGCCAAACGGUAGAGUCGACCGAAAAGUUCUAAAACCAAAAUCGGAAAUUAGUUUUUCUUCUCACAAAUUGGAAACACUGACAAGUAAUCGAACAAACAGCUAUUGGAACUAUAAUAACAACUUUAUUCUUGAAUAAUGCAAUCAGUUUUCAAUUUCCUAGGGUCACUUGUCUUAGAAAAAUGAGGUUUGAGGAUCAUUUCCCAUCAAUAACGUUUUAAAAUAUACAGUACAAUGAUCUAUUUUUUUUUUUCAAUUUUAAUGCAGUAUUGUAGGUAUCCACUAUUUUGGAUAACCUGAUAUGAAAGAAAUUAUUACUGAUACAACUGCUAUUGGGAUCAUUGAUAAAAAGGCCAUGAUUUGAUAUCUGCUUUUAUCCAAGACAUUAAUGUUAUGGUACAAGACAUAAAUUGAUUAAGGGUAAUUUCAAUAUAAUUUACGAAGCAAACUUUCUAGAAUAAGUUAGCAGAAUAAUUUAAUUCAAAAAUAUAAUCUGUUAUAAUUCAGCAUGAACUGAGAGAUCACAACAUCUUUCUUCGGAAGAAUUUUAUUCCUAAGAUCGGCGAAGAUAAAUUUUAUUUAAUUAAUUUCUCUACUCAUUAUACGAACCAAAAUAAAUCGUGGUACCAAAUACGCAAAUAAAUUAUAAUAAAAUUAUAUCUAUAUCAAAUUGAACCCAACAAUUACAACAAAUCGUAUUCGUAUAAACGCAUCUAAAAGUCAAUUGUAUAAACAAAAAAAUAUAUGUUAAAUAAAACGAAAAACUAAAACUUAGCAAAUAUUGUCAUUAGAAAAUAUGAAAAAGAUCAAAUUAAUAUAUUGAAAAUUUUUAAACGAAAAUAUUAAGUGGUAGCAAACAGGAAUGCUCAGACUUGAAAAGCAAAUGGAAAUUCAAAUAUUAUCUGUUUAUUUUUGAAAUCGUAUCUAACAAAAUUAAAAAUCGAUUUGAUGCUGAAAUUGUACUAAAAGUUAAAGCUAUGAUAAUAUUUGAAUAAGUAUUAAUUUGCGAUAUAUAAAAGUGUAUGAUAUGAUACGAUAGAAUAUACAUACAAUGUCUAUUUUGAAGAUUAUAGUUUUAUGAUCAAAAUAAAAAACAGUCCUUAAAAUAAAGAU